AAUAUGCCAAAUUACAUAUAAGUAUUCAAAGGUUUCUUCAAUAAAUAAAUAUAUUGAAAAAAAUAAUAUAGUAUUUAAAGUAUGGCUGAAGAUAAAGGUGAAGGAGGUGAAGAUGAGGAUACUAUUGGAAUUUACGUAGGCGGUCGAAAUGCUGAAGGAGAAAGGCAUGGUGAAGGAUGGGCUGUACUUCCGAACGGAGACUUCUACCAGGGCUGUUAUUGUAGGGGAAUGAGAAACGGGAAAGGCCUUUAUGUCUUUAAAAAUGGUGCAAGAUACGAAGGCGAAUGGAGAAAAGCUAUGAAAUAUGGGGUUGGGCAAAUGACUUAUCCAGAUGGUUCGCGUUAUGAAGGUGAUUGGCGACAUGAUUUGAAACAAGGUUUUGGCGCAUAUUACUAUCCGAAUGGGGAUAUUUAUGAGGGAGCCUGGUUUAAAGGAAAGCGUCAUGGAUUAGGGACUUAUUUCUUUUCAGAAUACCAGAUAAAAUUCAUGGGUACAUGGGUGGAAGGAGUGAUCGAAGGGCCCGGUCAAAUUAUUAACCCGCGUGUACGAUACCACGGGUCGUGGCUCAAGGGAAAACCAAAAGGCCCAGGCUGCUUUGUGUUCGACACAAAUUGCAUGCAGCACGGGUUUUAUUUGCUGACGAAAGACCCGGCAUUAGAGGAGUUUGGUGAGGGAGAAGAGGAAAAGGAAGAUAAGGAAGUCAAAGAGGAACGGUUGGAAGAAGGGGAGGAGGAAAUAGAAAUUGACGAGACUUUGGGUAAAAUUUCGGUUUGGCGCGCUCGAAACGUUACAGCGUACAUGGCGGAGUUCCUUCCGCCGGAACCGGUGCCCUUGCCAGUUCAUGACUCUAUACCGUCUUUGACUGAAGAAAGUAUUGAGACUGAUAUAAUACAAUUUGAAUUGCCCUCGGUAGUUGGUGAGGAGGAAGGUGCUGAUGAUAAUGACUCUUGGCUUCUGCAUAGACAGAAAUUCCUUGAGGAAACCCAGCAAAAGGAAUAGUUUUUGCAAGAUUAUAAGUACUUACUUAAUGAACUAUAUGCUGUCAAUAAUUUAGUAAUUGGUUUAUUACUCUGUGGAAUAAAUUUGUAUUUA